AUGCGAAUGCUUUGCGUACGCACACAGUUGAGUAUUCACAAGAUAAUUGGAUUUGUUCCAACAAUAUUACAAAUUGUUAUGCAAAGCAAUGUUGAUCAACCAGUUCGUCAAGCAGGGGCGAUUUAUCUAAAAAAUCUAAUUACGAACAGUUGGUCUGAUCAUGAGACCAAAGCAGGCGAGCCAAUACCUUUCUCAAUUCAUGAACAAGAUCGUGCUAUGAUACGCGGAUCAAUUGUGGAUGCGAUUGUACAUGCUCCAGAUAUAAUAAAGGUUCAGCUAGCAGUAUGCGUAAAUCACAUUAUCAGAAGUGAUUUUCCUGGGCGCUGGCCACAAGUAGUGGACAACAUCAGCAUUUAUCUACAAAAUCCAGAUGUCAAUGGCUGGAAUGGCGCGCUCCUGACUAUGUAUCAAUUAGUAAAGACAUAUGAAUACAAGCGCUCAGAAGAGCGUGUUCCUCUAAAUGAAGCAAUGAAUCUUCUUCUUCCAAUGAUUUACCAACUGAUGGUUAACUUAAUGAAUGAUCAAUCGGAACAAUCGAUGUUGCUUCAAAAGCAAAUUUUAAAAAUUUACUACGCCUUAACCCAGUACACACUGCCAUUGGAUCUUAUAACAAAAGAGACGUUUUCGCUGUGGAUGGAAAUUUGCCGGCAAAUCGCUGAAAGGCCAAUACCAGACUGCUCACAUAUUGAUGAUGAGGAAAAACCAGAAUUUCCAUGGUGGAAAGUAAAGAAAUGGGCCUUACAUAUAAUAGUACGCAUGUUUGAACGCUAUGGCAGCCCGCGUAAUGUUGUAAGUGAAAAGUAUCAGAAAUUUGCAGAAUGGUAUCUUCCUACGUUUACAUCAGGCAUUUUGGAAGUACUGUUAAAGAUUUUAGACCAGUAUCGAAAUCACAUUUACGUCUCACCUAGGGUUCUAACUGAUAUUUUGGCUUACUUAAAAAAUGCUGUGAGUCACUCAUAUUCCUGGAAAUUAAUAAAGCCUCACAUGGUCGCUAUAGUACAAGAUGUAAUAUUUCCAAUUAUGUCUUUUACCGAUGCUGAUCAAGAGCUGUGGGAGACUGAUCCACAUGAAUACUUGAGAUUAAAAUUUG